CCUAGCAACAGCGCAGGCUCGGGGCCGAAUCCGUUAUGGCCGCCGACGCCCUGGGCAGAAUGAGCGGGGCCGCACGAGCCAAGAAGCUGCCGCCGGGACCGGGCGCCCUGGGCCUCGGGGCGGUGGCGCGGACUCUAGUGCUGGCGUUGCUGCUCGCGCCCGUCCUGUCCACUGCUAAAGCAGAGAAUACUCCACAAAGUGUUGCUGUUUCUCCUAAAGCUGAGCUGACACCUGGAAACCACACUGAAAAGCCUGUAUUCAAUCUCAGCACCACCCUUCCUCCCCCAGCCAGUACAGAGAAAAGUGGAGGCACCUCUGCAGCGCCCACCCCCUCCGCUGCUCCUUCUGUGUCCCAGGACGAGGCUGACAGCCAUGAAGACCCCAGCAUGGAGGAGGAGGACCUCCUGGCACUCAACAGCUCCCCGUCCACAGCCAAAGACACUCUGGACAAUGGUGACUAUGGAGAGCCAGACUACGACUGGACCACCAACCCCCGGGACGAGGAGCCUGAGGGUAACAUAAACAUAGAGUUAAACAAAGAGAGCAGGCGCUUGAGGGAGUUUGAGGACUCGGUGAAGGUCGUGAAGCUGCAGCCCCCAAACAGAGAAGACAGCCAUUUCUUUUUUCAUCUCCUUAUUUUUUCUUUCUGCGCAGCUGUUGUGUAUGUUACCUAUCACAACAAAAGGAAGAUUUUCCUCCUAGUUCAAAGCAGGAAGUGGCGUGAUGGCUUGUGUUCCAAAACUGUGGAGUAUCAUCGUCUGGACCAGAACGUGAACGAGGCCAUGCCUUCUCUGAAGAUCACCAAUGAUUAUAUUUUCUAAAGCGCUGUGAUUGGAGUUUGCUUAUUAUGUCAUUUUAUUUGCUUGACUUUUAUAGGAUGUGCAGAUGUUUGCCACAGGCAAGCGGUCCUUAACUGAGAGGGCGCUCUCUUUUGCCUUGGUGCUUUGGGAACUAAAUGUCACAAACAAUGAGUAUAUAAUUUUUUUUAUCUGUUCUUUAGAUCUAGAUUCAAUCAGGUAUCUGUAAUGUGAGUUAAACAUUACCUUAUAUUUUUGGGUAGUUGUUAUUUUCCAUUUAUCGUGCCUCUGGCAGCAGUGCCCCCUUUGAAAAACCCCAAACCAGAGCUAAAGUCUCACGGGACACAGCACUGCUGUUUUUCAUCACUUGCUGCCAUCCAAAUGCUGUUUUCCCUCUUUCUUUUAUUCUGUUUCUACUUUUUGCGAUAAAGUCUCACUCAGCAGCGUCGGCUGGCCUGGAACUAUUGGUCCUCUUGCCGUGGCUUCUCAGUGGUGUUAUAUAGGUGUGGCUGCUCACCCACAUCUAGAUACCAUCUUCUUCAAACGUUUUUUGUGUGGUCCCAAACUUUAUUGUACAGGGACACUGCGAUAAAAUGCUUUGCUUUGAAAUAACACUUGGCCUCUCUUGGAAAGCUGCGCUGAAAGGCGGUGAGGUGGGCGCACUUGGUGAGGGCUCUUGCUGCCUUGCCUCGAAGCCCGAGUUCGAUCCCCAGGACAUGCAUGGUAGAAAGAAAGAGUGAACUCUUGCAGGUUGUCCUCUGACCUCCACACGUGUGCCAUGGCAUUCGUGUACCUACACGCACAUGCUCAUACACACAGCAAAUGCGGGUGGUAACACCCCCCUUCCACUUUGGAUGUUUUAGGCACUUGAAACACAUGUAUGAUAAUGUGGCUGCUGCUUCGCCAGUCACGGUAGGCUUGUUUAGGAAUUCUGGCAAAAGAGGCUGAAGUUCCCAGUGAGCACUGACACGUUAGGUAGAUACCAGCUUUCGGUUUGGAUUACUGACUGAGGUUUAGGGUAGAGAAUAUUUAACCCACGAGCAGGCACUUUUAGUCACCAUUUGAUUUUAGCACGAGUGAGUUCCAAGGGUUCAGAUGAUGAGCAGAAUUUAAAGCUUAGAUCAGAGCUUUUUCACUUUGUUUCUUGCUGCACAGUAAGUUUGAAGGCGUGCACGCAGAGGGGAGAGCUCUGACCAGAUCCGAGUAUCACUGAGGCCAUUAUCACUUAACUGAUCGUGUGUCUCAGUCCUGCCUGCAGUUCAAGCGGUAAUCUGAAAAAAGUUUACACACAGAUCUGUGCAACAGUGACCUUCGCACUCCCUGCCGUGUUUUAUCGUGUUGCUUCUUCCCCACAGCCCCCUCCCUCAGCAACUGGGAUUAUUUACUGCAUUUUAUGUUAGCCUGUUUUUUAGAGUUGAUCAGAGUGUAAAUGUGUGAUUUGAACAAUGGUUAACUACCAGGCCUCAUUACAACUUUGCAGAAAGCAUAGUCUUUACUGCGUGCUCAGCAAAGCCCUGGGGAGCCAGCGGGCCGAGCCAGCAGCCACGGUCCCCGUGUGGACACGAGAGCAACAGUGCUGUCCUCCCCCUUCAGGGACAGCUGACUGUCCGAAGGGAGGGCAGCAUAGUGAAAUAUACCUGAACAGUUUUAUUGCAGUAGUUUUUUUCAUAUCUGAAAUUGUAUUAUUUAAUAUUUUGAAUAAGAUUUUAAGAAAUAAAUGGUAAACAUAAA